AUGCCUGGGAAAUGCUUGUUUAGUGACCGAUGGUUGGAAAACUCUUCCUAUAAAUUGUGGCUGGAACGUGACGCGGACAAGUUUAAAGCAAAAUGUAGAGUUUGUAUGAAAGCGUUUGAUGUAUCAAAUAUGGGAGAAUCGGCAUUGAAAAGCCACGAAAAGGGAAAGAAGCAUAUUCAUCUUAUCGAAAAGCAACAAAGAAAUACAACAGGUGACAUAAGAAACCUUUUCUCGAACAGCUCUUUCGCUGCCCCUCGAACAGCCACUGAAAGUAACAACUCUACUUUGACUGUAUCAAGUAGUGCCGCUAGUACAACAGCAGGUAUGUCCGGGUUCGUGACGAGGAAUGAUACUUUAACUGCUGAAAUUUGGUGGGCGCUAAAGGUGAAUAGCAGCCAUUAUUCGUAUAAUUCCUGUACAGAUAUAAACUUCUUAGUGCAGCAAAUGUUUCCAGACAGUGACAUUGCAAAGAAAUUUACCUGUGGGGAGAAAAAGGCCUCCUAUCUUUCUUGCUUUGGUAUUGCACCAUGUUUCAAGAGUCUUCUAAAGGAAAAAGUCAAAUCUUCAAAGGGAUAUGUGCUUUUGUUUGAUGAAAGUUUGAAUCACGAACUGCAAAAGAAGCAGAUGGAUUUCCAUGUUCGCAUCUGGAAUCAUGACAAAGUUGAAACUCGCUAUUAUGAUUCACAAUUUCUUGGGCAUUCUAGUGCAGAGGAUAUGCUUCAAAAGUUUCAUUCUUGCAAAGAGGACUUGAGCUGUAGAAAUCUGAUUCAACUCUCUAUGGAUGGGCCCAAGGUUAACUGGAAAUUUUAUGAAAUGGUAGAGCAAGAAUUGAAGAGUGAUUUCAGUUGCACUCUCCUUAACACAGGCAGUUGUGGUAUACAUGUUGUGCAUGGAGCUUUUAAGGAUGGUUGUGAUGCAGCUGGAUGGACGGUGCAGAAAACUCUCUCCAGUCUUUACUGGCUGUUUAAAGACAGUCCGGCUCGAAGAGAAGACUACAUUAGAAUAACUGGUAGCAGUGUAUUCCCCUAA